AUGGCGAAUCUCGCCUCGUCGUAUCAAGUGGGAGACUACGUGCCGUUGGCAAGGAAAGGCCAGUUUAACAAUAUGCGGACGCACUGGCACGACGCCAUUGGACGGCACUGCCCGCGAUUCGGCAUCAACCGAGAGGUGGCCUUACCCAUCCCGCGCCCUGUUGGGUUUGAAAUGGCAGAACAUUCGUAUAAGAUGUCGCUGUCAGUGGGCAAUGAGAAGUUUGUGACGCCUUGGCUUCUUGUGAUUGGUCGGAAGAGCCAGAACGUGCCGCUCAUUGAAGUCACCCUGACCCACUUUGCAGGCGAUCUGAGGGGAGUGCAGGCGAAGGUGCACAACUUACCACAUGAAUAUCUGGAGCGGCAUCGGCAGCUGGCCAUGGAGUUCAGGAACGAGUCGCACUGGCCCAAGCACGUGCUCAUGCGCUACACGUGGAACGAGUAUGCGGAGGUAGACGUCACAGCAGGUCUCCUCGUCCUCUUUGCCUCAAGUAAGCAUGUCCUUUCCUAUUGUCCCUCCUCCCCUGCCUCUCCCCCCUGCCUCUCCUCCCCUGCGUCUCUUCCCAUGCCUCACCUCCCCUGCCUCUCCUCCGCUGCCUACCAUUCCGUAUCUUCCAAACCUCGUUCUCUUUGCCCCAAGCACUCGUGUUCUUUUCCACUGCCUCUCCUCCCCUGCCUCUCCUCCACUGCCUGUCCUCCACUGCCUCUCCUCCACUGCCUCUCCUCCACUGCCUCUCCUCCACUGCCUCUCCUUCCCUGCCUGUCAUGCCUGCCCUCUCACCAGUUCACGCAUACCCUUUUUCUAACGAUAACUUAUGAACAAGCAGAGGCGGAGAGUGCUGCUGCAGUGCCAAGAGGAGGGGAGGUUGCCAAGAAGAUGGCAGAGAGUGCUGCCAUGGUGCCAGGCAGGGCGGGGGCAAUGUGGAUUGAGAGAAUUGCAUUGCAUGGUGCAUUGGUAGUAUCAUCUCUCACACCUCUUCCUCCCUCCUCUUCCCGUCUCUCCCAGGUAGCAGGUCUCCCUGGGGUGACCGAGCAGUGGUUUGAGAAGCGCAAGGAGGCCGUAGCAGCCGCCGCCGCCGCCGUUUCUGGGGGAAAGCGCGGCGCGGUCGCAGCGGCGACAGCAGCGGCGGCGGCGGCCGCAGCAGCUACAGCCGCUUCCGGGGACAUCGCAGCAAGGGGAGACGUGGGUGGAGGUGCGGCGGGGGGGAUUCCGCCAGGGGGAGGAGCGCCAGUAGCAGCUGGCGGGUGGUUGAUAUACGAAUGCGUGGUUUGCAGUAAGAAGUACAAUAGCGAAUCAGCUCAUGCGAGUCAUUUGCGAUCCAAGCUACACGCCUCCAAGGCUGCUGCUGCUGUGGCGGCCGCGCGGGCAGGUGCAACUGGGGCAGGUAUUAUCGGGGCUGGGGUUCAGGGUUCAGGGGUUUUGGACCCCUCUAAGCCUGUGAUUCGAAGGGUCGAGGCGAAACCGGUUGUGGUGGCGCAUAGAGGAACGGGCGUUGGGGUUAAGGAUAAAGGGAAGGGGGUGGUGGGAGAGGAUGAGAAGGAGGAGGCGGAGGAGGAAGAGGAGGAGGAAGAGUGGGAAGAGGUGGAUGAGGAGGAGGCUGCUGCUUUGCUGGCGGAGGGAGGGGAGGAGGUAGACGAGGGAGAAGAGGGAGAGGAGGGAGGGGAGGAGGGAGAAGGAAGCAAGGGAGGAGAAGCGAAGGAAGGGGAGGAGGGGGAAGCUAAGGGAAAAGGGGAGGGAGAAGGAGUGGGGGAGUGGGACGUAUCGCAAUGCUUUUUCUGCGACAAGAAGAACAAGGGUGGGGUGGACGAGUGUGUGGAGCACAUGCACAGGCACCACGGGUUCUUCAUCCCCGAUAUGGAGUUCCUCACGGACCUGCAAGGGAUGCUACAGUACCUGGCGGCGAAAGUGACCCAGGGGCGCAUGUGCCUGUGGUGUGACGACCGGAGCAAGCAGUUUAGCUCGGUAGAGGCUGUGAGGGCGCAUAUGGAAGCGAAGAGCCAUGCAAAGCUGCGGUAUGGAGAUGGGUCUGGCGUGGCGGAGGAGGAACUUGAAGACUUCUACGAUUUCAGCACCAGUUACGAGGAGGGCACGAGUCGUGAGCUCAUUGCGGCUGACGACACCCGUCCGCAUGUGGCGCUCACCAGCGGGGGCAUGGAGCUCAUCAUUUUCAACGCUGCAGCAGGGAAGGGGAGCAGGGGCGCGGAUAAGGGCGCAUGCGGCACGAAGCGCGUGAUUGGCUCGCGGGAUCUCGCGAGAUAUUAUCGCCAGAAACCGAAACCGACGGGAGACAGCAACACGCGCCUCGUGGCAUCGGUUCUCGCCAGGUAUCGAGCCAUGGGGCUGGCAACACGUCAGUUGGGGUGGCGAACACCAGAGCAGCAGCAACAGAUGAAGCAGAAGGAUGCAACGGCAAAGGGGCGGGAGAGGUUCGAGCGCUUCCGCACGAGCGUGGGCAUGAACAACAACAUCAACUGGAACCUGCCAAAGAAUGUGCCAUAUUAA